AGAUCUUUGGUCAAUCAGUCGGCAGAACUUCCGGUCGGCAUUUUGUUCUACGAGAGGAGAGCCUCUUGAUCAGCGCAACAAUCGUCAUAUUUCUCAUAUACUGUCGAAAUUUGGAGUCUACCUUGUUUAUAUCAGCGUGGUGCAACUGAAACGACAACGGAGGAAUGUUUCCCAUAAACGAAUGUGAAAAUAUUCACCCGUGAGUGACGGAAGAAGAACGAAUCAGUCCGACCCGGAUUAUUGUUGAUAGCUUAGCAGGCUAGCCCAGCAGCUAGCUGGCAAGUUCCUUCUGGAGGAGAGAAGAAAGGGUGAGCUAGAGGCACAAACCAGGCUUAAACAUUCCCCUCCCUUUGGGCGCAACAUCCGAAGGUUGUAGGUGUAAGACUUCUUGUUUGGAAAUGUCAGUGAGUCCACCUGCUGCACAUAAUUCUUUGAUAAGGUGUCAGGAGAUGUGAGGACGGGUGUCACCCAUCGACCCCUGAUCUACCUGUGUAUCUACACACCCCUACCCCCACCUUCAGCAUGAAUGGGGAUAUGCCUCAUGUUCCCAUCACUACUCUUGCUGGGAUCGCAAGCCUCACAGACUUGUUGAACCAGCUGCCUCUUCCCUCCCCUCUUCCGGCCACCACCACUAAGAGUCUUCUGUACAAUGGGAGAAUUGCAGAGGAAGUUACCUGUCUGCUGGGCUGUCGAGAUGAAAGUCUGGCUUCCCAGUUAGCGCAUGGUCUGAACCAGGUCUCCACAGAGCACAUAGAGCUAAAGGACAACCUGGGGAGUGAUGAGCCAGAGGGAGAUGCUCCACUGCUGCUACAGACCAUGCUGGCCAGAAACCCUAGCAUCUUCAGGGAGAAAAAUGUUAUGCAGCAGCCAAUGGUACAGCAGUAUAAAAUCACCCCAAAUUCCAUGCAUAGCCCAGCCCAGUCUGCUAACUUCCAGCCAGCAAUCUCUCCAAAUCCAUCAAGCCGAUUUGUCGGUCCCCAGACUGGUUCCAGCAGUCGAUACAUGGGUCAGCAGAACAGCCCAGUCCCCAGUCCCUACACUCCUCAAAGCCCUGCCCCUGGUUACAUUCAGCAGUACCCUCAUCAACAACCACCCAGUUAUAACCAACAUCAACAGAUACAACAAGUGUCAGUGGCUAGCCCGAUGGUUCCAGGCAGCAUUCGAAAUAUCCAUGACGGCAAGGUACUGGGCCAGAUGGCAAAUACAGCCAACCACAACUCAGACAGACAUGGCGCGGAGGACUACAUGAGCAUUGUUCACAGACUAGGCAACGAGGACGGUGAUCCAGCCAUGAGGAAUCCUUCUUUUCCUCUAAGGUCUCCACAGUCAGGCUGCUCUCCAGCAGGGAGUGAUGGAACGCCCAAAUCUGGUUCACGGCCGCCGCUGAUUUUGCAGUCACCUCCUCCCUAUGAAAGAGGACCUGACCAGAAGCAUCAGCUCCAACAGAGAAAGAAAACCCCCACUGUGAAAGAAGAGAAAGACAUGUACGACAUUGUGAGCUCACCAAAUAAGGACUCAACCAAACUUACCCUCAAGCUGUCAAGGGUGAAGUCAAAUGAGUCUCCAGGUGGAGAUGUGACUGGCAUAGAACAGAACUCUGACAAUAUGGACGUUGAACUUGGCUUCCAGCAAGUACCAGUUCUUCAGCAAAACCUUGGAGUACGGUUACAGCAAAUCUCCCAGCAAGCUGGUGGAGCUGGAUUUCAACAUCCAAGUUCUCCUUAUGAUGAGGCAGAGCUUGAUGCUUUGGCUGAAAUUGAAAGGAUAGAAAGGGAGGCGGCUAGUGAGAAAUGCUCUAAGGAGGUCCAGGACAAAGAUAAACCUCUGAAGAAGAGGAAGCAAGACUCAUUUCCCCUGGAGCCUGGAGCAGGAGGACCUGGUGGACCCACAGGUGCCCCUGGUAGUGGGUCGACUGGAGGUGGAAAUGCUGGCAAACUGACUCCGCAAGAGGCCACGGCAGCUGGAAAUGGUGCCAGUCGUCCUCCCCACAUGAUGAAAUUUGAUGCGGAAGAGAGUGGUCAAACAGAAAACUCAAUCUGGAACCAGCCAAAGGUCAAACUGGAGAGGCUGGGUUUGGUGGAGGACUUUGAGAAGAGACCAAAACCAGUGGUGGUUCUGAAGAAGCUUUCAGUCGACCAGAUCCACAGAAUUAUUCGACACAGCAAGUCAGGAAAAAAUAGAUUUUCUUCUGGAAAGUCUGGCAAAAGUGGAAUGGAUCCAGCUGUUUUGGAUGAGCUUCCUCCAGAGUUGCUGGCUGAGAUCGAGUCGACCAUGCCGCUUUGUGAACGCGUUAAGAUGAACAAGAGGAAACGAAUCUCUGUCAAUGAGAAACCUAAAUAUGCCGAAGUCAGCUCAGAUGAUGAGGCAAAUGGUGAAUCUGCUCGAAAGCGUCAGCGGCGAGACAAAGAUAAGACCUGGGACUGUGAGGAGAGGGAACGUAGGGGCUCUGGCGAGCAUCGAAAAAGUGGGCAUCGAGAUGGCAGAAGAGGAUCUGGUAGUCGAUACCGCGACUCUUCAGAUGAAGGCUCACCUCCACCGAGCAUGAGUGAAGUUGCCAGAAAAAUGAAAAUGAAGGAGAAGCAGAAGAAACGGAAGGCUUACGAACCCAAGCUCACUCAGGAAGAGCUGAUGGACUCAUCAACGUUUAAGCGCUUUGUGGCAAGCAUUGACAGCAUUCUGGAGAAUCUGGAGGAUGUUGAUUUCACUACCAUGGGUGAUGACGAUGAAAUACCUCAGGAAUUGCUGCUGGGAAAACAUCAGUUGAAUGAGCUGAGCAGCGAAUCUGCCAAAAUCAAGGCCAUGGGAAUAUCUAGCAGGAUCUCGUCAGAAAAGCUGGUGAAGUUGCAGAACAUUCUUGAAAAAAAUAUUCUGGAUGGAUCCAAGCUUUCAACACUGAUCAAUAACGACCAUGAUGGCGAAGAAGAGGAGAGGCUAUGGAGAGACCUCAUAAUGGAGAGAGUCACAAAAUCUGCCGACUCCUGCCUUACUGCGCUGAACAUAAUGACUUCAUCCCACAUGCCUAAGGCUGUGUACAUCGAGGAUGUUAUCGAGCGUGUCCUACAGUACACAAAGUUUCAUCUUCAGAACACAUUGUAUCCACAGUAUGACCCCGUCUACAGGGUUGACCCUCACGGAGGUGGACUGUUGAGCUCUAAGGCAAAACGUGCGAAAUGCUCCACACACAAGCAACGUGUGAUCGUCAUGUUGUACAACAAAGUGUGUGACAUUGUGAGCAAUAUUGCAGAGCUUCUGGAGAUCCAGCUUCUUACAGAUACCACUAUCCUCCAGGUUUCAUCUAUGGGAAUCACACCCUUCUUUGUGGAAAAUGUCAGUGAACUGCAACUGUGCGCUAUUAAGCUAGUAACAGCAGUGUUCUCACGUUAUGAGAAGCAUCGACAGCUGAUUUUGGAGGAGAUCUUCACAUCCUUAGCCAGACUGCCGACCAGUAAACGCUCCCUCAGGAACUUCAGGUUGAACAGCUCAGACCAGGAUGGAGAACCAAUGUACAUUCAAAUGGUGACAGCUCUGGUGCUGCAGCUCAUCCAGUGUGUUGUUCAUCUUCCUAACGACAAAGACUCUUUUGAGGAAUAUGACAGCAAGGUGGACCAAGAUGUAUUGAUCACAAACUCCUAUGAGACAGCAAUGAGAACAGCUCAGAACUUCCUCUCCGUCUUCCUCAAAAAGUGCGGUAGCAAGCAGGGAGAAGAAGAUUACAGACCGUUGUUUGAGAACUUUGUCCAGGACCUGCUCUCAACUGUGAAUAAGCCAGAGUGGCCUGCUGCAGAGCUGCUGCUCAGUCUGCUGGGUAGACUCCUGGUGCACCAGUUCAGUAAUAAGCAGACAGAAAUGGCUCUUAGAGUGGCGUCUCUAGACUACUUGGGUACAGUCGCCGCCCGCUUGAGAAAGGAUGCAGUCACCAGCAAGAUGGACCAGAAAUCUAUUGAUCGCAUUCUACAAGAGUCUCCAGGUACUGAUGAAACGCAGCAGUUGCAAAAAGCUCUCCUAGAUUACCUGGAAGAAAAUGCUGAAACAGACGCUUCACUUGUGUUUGCAAGAAAAUUUUACAUUGCCCAGUGGUUCCGGGAUUCCACAACAGAGGCAGAGAAGUCCAUGAGGAAUCCGAAUCCUAAGGAUGAGGAUUCGUCUGAUGGGCCACAACAUGCGAAGGAGGUGGAAACGACCGGUGAAAUCAUGCAGAGGGCUGAGAAGCGCAAGAAAUUCCUUCGCAACAUUAUUAAGACUACUCCCUCUCAUUUCGCCACACUAAAAAUGAACUCUGACACUGUGGACUACGAGGACUCCUGUCUGAUUGUGCGUUAUUUGGCCUCUAUGAGGCCGUUUGCCCAGAGCUUUGAUAUUUAUUUAACACAGAUCUUGCGAGUCCUUGGAGAAAGUGCCAUUGCUGUUCGGACUAAAGCCAUGAAAUGUCUAUCUGAGGUGGUGGCAGUGGACCCCAGCAUACUUGCACGGUCCGACAUGCAGCGUGGAGUCCAUGGUCGUCUGAUGGACAACUCCACCAGUGUGAGAGAGGCAGCUGUUGAGCUGCUGGGCAGAUUUGUGCUCAGCAGACCCCAACUCACUGAGCAGUACUACGACAUGCUCAUUGAGAGAAUACUGGACACAGGCAUCAGUGUGAGAAAACGGGUAAUAAAAAUACUGAGAGACAUCUGUUUGGAGCAGCCAACUUUUAGUAAGAUAACUGAGAUGUGCGUCAGAAUGAUCCGCAGAGUCAAUGAUGAGGAAGGCAUCAAGAAACUGGUCAAUGAGACAUUCCAGAAGUUGUGGUUUACACCUACUCCUGCCCACGACAAGGAGACGAUGACCAGAAAGAUCCUAAACAUCACUGAUGUGGUUGCAGCAUGCAAAGACACUGGCUAUGACUGGUUUGAACAGCUUCUUCAAAAUCUUCUGAAGUCUGAGGAGGAUGCUUCAUACAAGCCUGCCAAAAAAGCUUGUGUUCAGCUGGUUGACAAUCUGGUGGAGCACAUCCUUAAGUAUGAGGAGUCUCUUGCAGAGAACAAAGGUGUAAACUCAACACGGUUAGUGGCCUGCAUCACCACAUUGUACCUGUUCAGCAAGAUCCGGGCCCAGCUUAUGGUCAAGCAUGCCAUGACCUUGCAACCGUACCUGACCACCAAGUGCAACACUGCCAACGACUUCCUGGUCAUUUGUAAUGUGGCAAAGAUCUUGGAACUCGUGGUGCCACUCAUGGAACACCCCAGCGAGACGUUCCUUGCAACAAUUGAGGAAGACCUUAUGAAACUCAUCAUUAAAUACGGCAUGACCGUGGUCCAGCACUGUGUUAGCUGUCUUGGAGCUGUUGUAAACAAAGUGACACAUAACUACAAGUUUGUGUGGGCCUGUUUCAGCAAAUUCUAUGGUACACUUGACAAGCUGAAGACUCAGCAUCAGGAAGAUCCUAACAGCACAGCGUUGGUAGCCAAUAAACGUUUUCUGCUGCGCUCGCUCUUCACAGUCGGUGCUCUAGGUCGGCACUUUGAUUUUGACCUGGAGGAUUUCAAGGGCCCCACCAAGGCUGUGAUCAAGGAGAAAGUUUUGGAGCUGCUGCUCUACUUCACCAAACAUGUGGAUGAAGAAGUUAAGACCAAAGCCAUCAUCGGCCUAGGCUUCCUUGUAAUUAUGCACCCCAGCCAAAUGUUUGUACCAGAAGUAAAGAGCUUGUACAAUGGCAUCCUGGCUGAUGCCUCCUCUUCCAUCAACCUUAAAAUCCAGAUCCUCAAAAACCUUCAGACAUAUCUCCAGGAGGAGGACACCCGGAUGCAAGAAGCAGACAGAGAAUGGAAGAAAAUGUCCAAACAGGAGGAUCUGAAAGAGAUGGGUGACAUCUCCUCUGGAAUGAGCAGCUCCAUCAUGCAGCUUUAUUUAAAACAAGUGCUGGAGGCCUUUUUCCAUACCCAGUCCAAUGUACGGCACUUUGCCCUCAGUGUCAUAGCUCUCACACUCAAUCAGGGUCUCAUUCAUCCUGUGCAGUGUGUGCCCUACCUCAUCGCAAUGGGAACAGAUCCAGAGCCCACUAUGAGGAACAAAGCUGACCAGCAACUGGUAGAAAUUGACAAGAAGUACACAGGAUUCAUUCAUAUGAAAGCUGUUGCAGGGAUGAAGAUGUCGUACAAUUUGCAACAGGCCAUUCAUUUCUCUCGCAAGAACAUCAUCAGAGGUUUCAGAACAGAGGAGACCAAUUCGGCACUGUGCUCCCACCUCUACACCAUGAUUCGGACCAACAGGCAGCACAGAAGGGCUUUCCUCGUCUCACUGCUGAACCUCUUUGAUGACAGUGCUAGGACAGAGGUGAAUAUGCUGCUAUUUAUAGCAGAUAACCUGUCCUGCUUCCCGUACCAGAGUCAGGAGGAGCCUCUCUUCAUCAUGCACCACAUCGACAUCUGCCUAUCCGUCUCUGGUAGCAACCUCCUACAAACAUUUAGAGAGCUCCUCCUGAAAGAACCAAGACGGAAAGAAAAGAAGGUGAAAAAGGAGUGGAAACAAAUGUCAGAAGGGGAAGAUGAAGAAGAGAAGAUGAACUAUGACUCACCUAGAAGUGAAGGAGAAAAUGGCAAUGAAGACGAGGAUUCGGUACGGCAGCCCAAAAAGGCCAAAAAGGAGAGCUCAGAGUCAGAAUCUGACCUCGACGAUUUAGAUGUGGAUGACGUUGAGAAAGUCAUGAGGCUAGUCCCUGAAAAUGAUCCGGGACUUUUGGACUUUGCUAAUGCUGUUCAAGGGAUCUUAUUGCUGCUUGUGCUCAAACAGCAUCUGAAGAACCAGUACGGAUUCUCUGAUGGUAAAAUCCAGAAAUACUCGCCGACUGAAUCAGCCAAGGUAUACGAUAAAGCAGUGAACAGAAAAAGCAAUGCCACCUUUAAUCCACGUCAAACUCUGGACUACAUCUCAAACAACAUGGCUCGGGCAACGCUGACCGAUGAUGUCAAGCGGCGGAUAGUGAGACAGUACCUUGACUUCAAGGUUCUGAUGGAACAUCUUGAUCCGGACGAGGAGGACGAGGAAGGGGAGGCGUCUGCAAGUGCCAACAUGAGAAACAAAGCCAUAAAUGCUCUACUUGGAGGAUCUGGGCCCCUAUCAGGACCCAGUCCCCGCAAUCAGGCGGGACCAGAGACGGACGAUGAUGACAGUGAAGGCGAGGACAGAACCCCCGGGUCCUCAAAAAAGUCAAGGCGGACAGUUGACCCCUCAGAUCCUGGCCGUAUGAGCGAGACUCUGGAGGUGAUGGAUUUGAUCGCCCUUUGCUGUCCCAAAUACAAGGACCGGCCUCAAAUCGCUCGGAUCGUCCAGAAGACUUCCAGUGGCUAUAGCAUUCAUUGGAUGGCUGGCUCCUACUCGGGGCCCUGGGCAGAGGCCAAGAAACGCGAUGGACGCAAGCUGGUGCCUUGGGUGGACACUAUCAAAGAGUCGGACAUCAUUUAUAAAAAGAUUGCCUUGACCAGCAACCACAAACUAAGCAACAAAUUAGUACAGACUUUACGCUCCCUGUAUGCAGCACAGGAAGGAGGGGCAAGCUAAUGGCUCCUGUUUCUUAUUCUUUUUUUUUCUUUGUUUAUUUUGACCCCCCUUUCUACUUUUAAAACCAUGGUCCUGCUCCUGCAUCUCCUCCUCAACCCGCCUCCUCAGACAACACAGCCAAACUUCACUGGAUUCCUCCUACUCUCCUCCCUUUCUUCGUUUUGUAAGAAAAUUUGUGAGCAAGAAUAUUUGACACUACAUUAUUUUACAUAAGUUAUUCUUGCAAAAAUGAAAAGACUUCUUAUAUUAGAGGGGAUUGUUCCUGGUUUGUUUGUAUACAAAUGCAGAGGAAAGAAUCCAGGAGGCAUUAAAGGAAUAAUUCUCCCGUGUUAUUCCUGAGAAGCUAUCACGAAAGAGACCCGGGGGGAAAUGUUUUGUCAACAUUGUUGUGGGAGCUCCUUCGCUGUUGUGCAGCAGAUUCUAGUCCUCAUUUCUACUCCCACUGUAAGAUAGUUUAACACAACGGAAAAUAAAAAUGUUUAUAUAUCUGAAGACAAAAAACUGUAAAAAAAAAAAAAAAAAAAAAAGGAAAAAAAGAAUAAACCUAAAGUGAAUGUUGGAAAUUAGUCUUUUUGAUGUUCUUAUUAAAGUGUUUUUGAAGUUUAAUAUACUUCUAGCACCCUGUUUUUUUCCCUCAUUUUAGCUUUUAGAUAUUUGAACGAAAAAGAAGAAAAUAGGAAAAAAAAGCUAUUUUUUAAACUUUUGUUGACUUUUACUUGUCCAUGCUGUUCAAUGACAGAGUACUCUGGAUAUAAUUUAUUCUAUUUCAAAAAAACGCAUGCAGUAUAUGUGGCCUAUUGCAGGAGGAUAUUUUGUAAAUGUCGAUUUUGAUGUAUUAGGUCACCCUAGUUAUAAGAGGAAAGGGGAUUCAUAACCUUUUUGGUGGAACAAAUACUGCAAUAAAUUUUCUACUUCUCUUUGUU